AUUAUUGUUGCAGCUAAUAUUCAUGAUAUAAACUUAAUUUAAAUUAUAUAACGGGAGAAAACUUAUCAAGCUACAAAAGCAACAUGGAAAAUACAUGCAACAACAAUAUGCCUGUUAGGCGACGAAGACUUUGCUCAGUUGUCGCUCCGGAGCUCGGAGUUGAAUACACCAAAGGAGGCAGAAGGACAGUUGUAGUCGGUACCGCUAAAACAACAACUUGCACCGACACUUCAAGAAUGUCACCUAUCCCUCAAGAAAGCGUUUCGCAGCUGGCUAUUUCUCAGAGGCUAUACAGUUCGGGAUGCGAUUUUACAGGUACGCCUACACGCAAAACAAAUGGACUAACAAGGCAUAACAGUCUACCCAAACGGGUCAAUUUUCGCCAAAUUGAAAACUCUGCCGAUCUUAGAAACUCAGCCAUCAGAGCCGCUUUCCGUCAACGAAUCAACAGUUACGACGAUCGUAUGAGGAACGAUCAAACAGAAUUCAUUUCAUCAGGGUUUCUACCUUCACCUGUUCAACAAAAUAUCUCCGAAAUGGACAAUUUGAAAGUGCCCUGCCAAAGGCGAGAACUUGCCAUAAAUCUGACAUCGUGCCAAAACAACGAAGCCAUGGCAAAAAUGAACGGUGCUUUAACCCGAAAAACACAACGUUCAAUGUCGGCACACUCAGUCGCUCUUCCUGGACCGGAUAGCACUGUUCUCAGAGAUCCCAUUUCAGGAAAGAUGUACAAACGAGGAAAGCUGCUUGGAAAGGGAGGAUUUGCACGUGUUUACGAAGGUAUCGAUCUCAGCACAAACAAGAAAUAUGCGUUAAAAAUCAUCGAUAAAUCGAGAAUUGCAAGACCACCACAGAGGGAGAAGGUCGAUGCUGAAAUUGAGCUUCACGCCGCCGCAUCUGAGGUCGGGCACCCUAAUGUCGCUAAAUUUGAAACAACUUUUGAAAACGCCCGGAUCAUCUGCUUGGUUAUGGAGCUUUGUGAAAAGAGGAGUCUCGCUCAGUACCUAAGGCGUAAAGAGUAUAUCAGCGAAUCGGAGGUCAGCGAUUUAACCUGGCAGAUCGUGUGUGGCCUUGCUCAUAUUCAUGGUUGUGGUCUUCUUCAUAGAGAUUUGAAAUUAGGAAACAUUCUGCUCGGAGACGAUAUGACUGUGAAACUUGGCGAUUUCGGUCUCGCCACAAGAGCUUCAUGGGGGAAAAGGAGGACAAUUUGCGGUACUCCAAAUUUUAUCGCGCCCGAAGUACUUCAGAGACAAGGACACGGGCCCGAAGCAGACAUUUGGGCUGUUGGUUGUAUCCUGUUCACUUUACUUGUCGGAAAGCCGCCUUUCGAGACCACAAGCUUAAAGGAUACCUAUAAAUGCAUUCUAAAGAACAGUUAUCGAAUUCCCUCAACUGUGUCUCCAGAAGCAGCUGAUCUUGUCCGAUGGAUGCUCCGAUCAAAACCCCAUGCUCGACCAACACUGAACGACAUUACAAAUCAUGUAUUUUUCGUAAAGCACCAAACCGCUAUGCGUUACCCGACCAUUGACCAGCUUGCUGAGACAUAUCCCAGCAAAGAGAUCUCGCCGGAAAGUGCAUUACCACUUCGCCGAAAGUCUGUCCUCCCGCGACUGACUGUUAACAAUAAUCAAUCAUGCUCUGGAAGUUAUUCUUCAGUUGGAAGUUCUUCAGGUCAAGUGCGUCACAAUUCUUGCCCAUCAGAUCCAUGUUCUGUUUACUCCGACAGUGGCAGAACCAACCAAGUUCGCAAUGAUCCUUCUUCUUCAGUCGGACCUAAGAUUUCAAUAUUGGAUCACAUGAAACGGGUAGCAUCUGAUGAAGAAAACAAAACUUCAUCAAACUCAGUUUCAUCUGGUACUUGUGUAGAAGAUGUAGCCGAAUCGAAAAACACUCCAACUGCAGAACAGGACCUUAUUUCUGAACCUGCCAUUGAACAGAAACCUCAAAUCCCCGCUGAAUACAAUAACAAUACUCCCAAAGAAUGUUACACCCCCGAAGCCAACACCAAAAUCAGUACCAAAUGCGACAAUAUUUCUUCUCGAAAACAUAACAAAUCAAAGGCCAGUCCCGUCAAACUUCUUGCAAGCAAACUUCAAAAGUUCAAAAUUCCGUCCCCAAAAAGUUGCAUGAAGGCCGCUGCUCAUACAAUGAAAUCAAAGGCAAACGACUACAAAUCUGCAAAUGCUCAAACAGUCAUUCAAACCAAAGCCGAGGAAAAUGAAAAAUUGUCCCACGCUACCUGGAUUACCAAAUGGGUCGAUUAUUCCAACAAAUAUGGCUUCGGAUACCAACUUGCAGACGGCAGCAUUUGUGUCCUCUUCAACGACGGCGCACAUAUUGCGUUGCUAGCCGAUGGAAACACUGUCGAAUACACUGAACCAGACUGGGCAUCUUCGUCAAACAAAAGUUUAUUUUCCAUUCAAUCGCCGCCGGCGGCGUUCCUCCGUCCAGUGAAAAUUCUUCAACACUUCACUGCAUACAUGGACAAAAACUUGCGAAAAGCUGGUGACGGUAAUUGCGAAGAUUCAUCUUCCACAGCAUCGGUUCGCAUGCUCACCUGGAGCCGAACCAGCGAACAUGUUGCAAUGUACCUGAGCAACGGAACAAUGCAGGUCAAUUUCUGUUCCGACCACACCAAAAUCAAUGUCUCAAACAUCCACAAAAGCUCUAUGAUGACAGUCACCUACGUAAAUGAGAACAAAGAAACCUCAGUUUACGAAGCCAGCCAGCUGUCUAACAUCACGGAUACCGGCCUAAAACACCGAAUGCAACAAGUUCAUAAAGAGUUUCACUGUCUUCUCGGAAACGAUAACUGUAUUUCUCAUCCGUUCUGUGGGAUUUUGAAGAACGAAACUGCCGAAGAAGCGAGUUUUAAACCUCGGGAUACAAUGAUCGUUGUCGCGUGAAUUUGUCUUAUGCAAAAAACUGGAAAAUAACAUUUUCAAGUCGUAAAAUGUUGAGGGAUUUCUCAAAUUCAUACCUCUUAAUUAGUGUUAAUUAAUGAGUUUUGUAAGUCAGCUAGUCUGCUAUAUUAUUUAUUUUAAUUUACACGUAUUAUCAUUAUUACAUUGAGGCAAGCCGUCCUGUAUUAUUUUCAUUGCUGCUAUAUGAAUUGCUAUGCUCCACUAUUUAUUUAUUUGUUCUUUAAAUUAAAACUGAAUCUGAUUUAACAAGCGUGGUAGCUGAACGCUUUUAAUGAUAAAGCCCCAUCAAAAAUUUUAAAUGGGAUUUGUCUAGCAUCACUAUUUAUUUAACUAUUUCUUAUUUGACUGUUCAUGUUCCUUGCCACAUUGAAAUUCUUUAUAUAUUCCUUUCUCUUUCUCUAAGUAUAAUUUUCACGUUCGACUUGGGUGGAGAAUAUUGUUUCAACCGUCUGUAACUACUAAAAUCAUAACACGCAACGCCGUCAGAAAAUAUGGUCUGGGUGUGUAAAGUAUUGCGUAUUCCAACCAUUUUAAUCUGUGCUGAUUCCAUUAAUUUUAUUUUAUCAUCACGUGACGCUUAAACGCCGCGCGUUUCGUCACGCGUUGUUUAAUAUAUAUACUAUUUAUUUCACUCAUUUGUUGCUGUUUUCUUUUUAUUAUUUAUUUUAUUUAAGUUGCCGCCAACGUCGACAAGAGUCGCUUCUUUCUUUAUUUAUGUUCAAUGUCUCUUCACUUUAUCAUCGAAAAGGUUAAACUCUCAAAAUAAAACAAAAACAAACAAUA